UAAUUAUCACUCAUCUUCCUCACACUUUAUACUUGUUCAAAUCUCUCUUAAAAAACCCUAAUCUUUGAUUUCCAUUUAAUUAUAUAUAAUUACCAGUUAUUUCAUUUGAAAUUCGUUCAAGAUUCUCAUUGUAUGGGAAACUACGUUUCAAGAAAAUUAUCACAUCCCAUACAGAAGAACUCAAGAAAAUUGACAAAAGUGAUCCUUCCUAAUGGCGAAAUCCGGCAAAUCAAGAAUCAACCCACCACCACGAAGGCGGCGGAGCUAAUGAUGGACGUACCGAACUUUUUCAUCACCGACACAAAAACACUCAAAAUGGGCAAAAGAUUUUGUCCCUUAAACGCAGAUGAUGAUCUUGAAAACGGUAAUGUGUAUAUUAUGUUUCCGAUGCAUCGGAAGAACUCUGUCGUCACUGCCGGUGACAUGGCUGCUCUUUUUAUGACUGCCAAUAAGGUCUUGAGACGUGCUUCUGUAGGGAAUAACAGUGUUAAGGUCUUGCCGGAGUCGGAGUCUGCCGGAGAAAGCUGUGAGGAAUUUGCAUUGCCGAGGUUGAGUUUGGAGGAUAUUGAGGAAGUAUCAACUCCUGAGUUUAGGCAUAGGAUAUCAAUGUCUAGGUCAAAGAAACCAGUGUUGGAGACUAUAGAAGAAGAGUCCAUUUUUUCAAGGUGAUCCGUGUAUUUUUUUUAGGGUUUUUUUUUGUUAGAGGAAUUAUUAUCUAAG